CCUCAGAGCAGUCUGAAGCCUGUCAGCAGCUUGGAGCGGAGCUCGCUGUGCACACGGGAUCGAUCGUUAAUAAGACACAUUUUAUAUCAUCAACAUGGAUUUCUCAGAGGAAGACUACGACUAUGACAACACCACCUACAACUUCACCUAUGAUGAUUAUCCUGCCGUAUGCGAGAAAGGGGACAUCCGAUCUUUCGCAGCCCUCUUCCUGCCCAUCAUGUACACCGUGUGUCUGGUGGUGGGACUGGCUGGAAACGUUUUAGUCAUGGCUGUCUAUGCCUACCACAAACGCCUGAAGACCAUGACAGAUGCCUUCUUGACCCACCUGGCUGUGGCCGACUUGCUCCUGCUCCUCACGCUCCCUUUCUGGGCUGCUGAUGCUGCAAGGGGCUGGGAGCUAGGGGAGGUUGUUUGUAAAAUCGUGUCCGCCUGCUACACAGUGAAUUUCACCUGCUGCAUGUUGCUGCUGGCGUGCAUCAGCUUAGAUCGUUAUUUAUCGCUGGUCAGAGCACAGGAUAGAGACCAAAGACGAUGGCUACAGAGGGCGUUUACCAGGAAAUGCUGUUGGAAGGUGUGUUUAGCUGUUUGGGUGACAGCUUUCCUCCUUGGCCUUCCUGAUUUAAUACUCUCAGAAGUGAGGCAGGCAUCUGAUAGAAAUGUCUGUCUAGCCGUCUAUCCUUCAUCUAUGGCUCGAGGAGGUAAAGCUGUCCUAGAGGUGGUCGAGGUGUUGUUGGGAUUCCUACUUCCUUUGCUGGUCAUGGUGACUUGCUACUGGCGGGUGGGCUGUGCACUCCGGGGCCUCCCUGAUGAGAGCAGAGGGAAGAAGUGGAAAGCUCUGCGUGUCCUUCUCAUUGUCGUAGGGGUGUUUGUGAUGACUCAGCUGCCUUACAACGUGGUUAAGGUGUAUCGGGCAAUGGAUACAGUCUACAGCUUAGUGACCCACUGCGGGGCGAGUAAGGUGCUUGAUCAAGCGGCUCAGGUGACAGAAAGCCUGGCUCUCACUCACUGCUGUCUGAACCCGAUCCUCUAUGCCUUUGUGGGGUCUUCCUUCAAGAUGCACAUGAUGAAAGUGGCCAAGAAGUUUGAAGCGAAGCGAAGGAAGAGGGGAAGCAAAAGAACACAAACUAAUGUGGAGGAGGAGAUGGAAAUGUCAUUCAACUCCCACACUGCAUCCCAAGAGACAAACACAUUCUCAAUAUGAGACAUGACUAAAAUGUCAGUGAGGUCUAUGUGUCUAUAUAUGCACACAAGGUCCAGCAGGAGAGCAUAUAAAGCUUUUGUUGAUGUAGGGUGUAGCAGCAGUAGCAAUAUGCUUGCAAAUCAUUAAACUGUUCAAAAAUUCCACUAGUUUUAACAGUCUGUUCCUAAAAACAGUUUUAUUGGCAGAUCUUUUUCUGCCAAAGCGAACAGUUUAUGUACUGGUUUCAAAGGGCUCCAAUAUAUAUUACUUUUUUUGCCCUCUGUUGAAGAGAAAAAAAAUCAUUUCAGCCACAUAUAUUUUAUGAAAAGACCUGCUGAGACAGUUUGUAGUUACUCUUUGCAGGAGUAGAUGUAUUUAUUUACAGUAGUAUCCAUUAGUGUUUGGACAAUGACAGCCACCACAGUGGGUUUACAGAGAACUAAUUCAAGUAUUGCAUUAACUUUUCAAGAAUUACGGACAUUCUUAUACACAGUGCUCCAUUUUCAAAAUCAUGGAAAUUAAUUUUUUGAUUUUAUAUUUAAAAUUAAUUUUAGAUAUAAGGAUUAUUUUUAAUAGCUGGAUGAAAAUCCAAGUCCAUGGACAUCACCGACUGCUGCAUUUCAUUUCUUGAGAUGCUCCACUUGGCUCUUACUACAGCUACUUCAGUUGCUGCUUGUUUUUUUUGGAUUCAAAAACCAUGCUUUUGUAAGUUGAAGUCAGGUGACCAAGUGGCAAGUUAAGAAUAUCCCAGCUCUCUGCCUCGAGAAACUCUUGGGUUGAUUUUCCAGGAUGCUUUGGGUUGUUUCCGUGUGCACUGUAAAAUGCUAUCUGAGCAGAGAGUACAGGCCUGUACACUUCAUAAUUCAUCCAGCUACUUCUAUAAGCAGGCACAUCAUUAAUAAACACUAGUGACCCGGUUGCACUGGCAGGCAUGCCAAUGCCAUAACACUGCCUCCACUAUGUUUGACAGAUGAUGUGGUUUGAUUCAUAUCACGAGUCAUUUCUCUCUUCCUCCAUAUGUUUCCUGUCGUAUCAGUCUGAUAAAGUUCAUCUUGGUUUCAUUUGUCAAAAAAAAAAAAAAAAGAAGGAAAGUCUAAUCUGUCUUUCAUGUUGCUGAAUGUAACCAGCGGUUUGCACCUUGUAAACACACUGUGCUGAUCAUUUAUCAUAAGGGUGUAUCUGGAGAGUAGACUUUGCCAAUAAUAUGUCUACCUCCUCCUGAGUGUUCUUGGUUGUUUUUUUGUUUUUUUAAACCAAGGAAAGAAUUCUGCAAUAUUCCACUUUAGUUGCUUUCUGUGGUCUUUCAGGUCUUGUUUUUGAGCUGGCCUUCUUUUAAAGAACAUACUAGAUUGCAGAGUUAGAGAUUUAUGCUCUCUUUGACAGGUUUGUUUUUUUUUUCAACCUAAUGAUGUCCUACCUCACCCUUUUUUAAUAUCUUGCGGGACGUAAUAUAAGGAGUUCAGUAGACAGCUACCAAAUACAAGUUCAACACUUUGAACCAAAUGCAGAUAUUUGUUUAGUUUUCUAUUAUUCUGCUUCUCAACUGUCCAGUUACAUCUAAACCUCUGAAAAUGGGAGUCUGUGUAGCUAUAAAGUCAGUACAUUAAUCACGUUUUAUCGUUUGAUUUAAAAAUCUGCUGAGGAGGUGAACAGAGGUAAAAUUACAUAAAAAUAUUCUCCAAAUACUUAUGGACCUAACUAUCCUUUUAAUCCAGAUCUUCAAGUUAACUUGUGCUUCUCUGGGAUUUCACCAGAAACUUGCACUCUGCCCACACAGUUAAGACUUAUUACUAAACUCUCUCUGCAUUACACACUAAAAACACCCACAAAGGAAAGAAAAACCAGACCUGCUGGAACUUCAGCUUUGUUGAAAUAGUGCUUUGUUUAAUUACAAUCAACCAUGAAUAAAAACUCCAGACCCAUUUCAUGUAAUAAUCUGCACAGGCUGUAAACCAGAUAUUAUAUCGUGCACCUAUGAAAGGGUGAGCAAAGACUUUGAACCUCUGUAUGUUUGCCAAAUAUCUGUUUUUCUCAGCUCAGGAUGUUUCCUGAAAACUCUUAAAAAAACAAAACAAAACAAACAAAAAAAACCCAAACAUUAACCAUCAACAGAAUUGCUGUAAUGCACUGCUGGUGUUUCAGAAUCGUGUGAUAUAUCUACAUCCACUGGGACUUCGUUUGGUUUGAUGUGGGAAUGCCGCAUUUGUUGUUUCCUGAAUUCCUAGGAACAUCUGAAACACAUGUUUUUCCACACACAGAUUCGCUUCUCUGCACUGAGAGCCGAGGCUGCACAGCGGGGUAAAAAACACUUUUUUAUGAGGCAAUGACGACAAGUUUGUAAUCGUACUUUAUCACUACAUAUGGGUUUACCACUGAACUGAAAUUACUUAGAAAAUGUGUAGCUGCAGACAGAGGGAGGGCUGGACACAUUCAGAUAUUAAUUAUUACCCUUACCGUCCAGCAUCGGCAUCAUUAACCCUGACAGAUAUAAACAGGAUACUGCAUAGUUCAAAUGUUUUUGAUGUCUGUUGCAACUUUUUCUUUUUUCUUUUUUUUUAAAAUGCAUGCUCCAAUUUGACAAAAUGUAUACAAUCAAAUGUUUACUUGUGUCAUUAAUUUUCUAUUCAUUAGAUGCGGGGAUUAUUUAUUAUUCUUUAGUAUUUUUUUCCCUGUAUCCCAGCUGGUGGAACUCAAGUAUUGGUGUAUACUGCAGGUCACACACUCAUGUGGAAAGCAUCUGAGAGAUGUUAUCCAUCUGUUAACAGAGCAAAACACUUCAUUGAGCCAAAAAAGAAAAAAAAAGGGGGGGGGGGGGAGGGGGGGUUGAUCCAAUUUGAAUUGUUGCAUACCUUCUGUGUGAUUCAAGACAAUUUUGAAAACUAUUAUUUGUUUCAGACUCAAAAUUUGCAUUCGAGUGAUUUUUGUUCAUUUUCCUUACAUGCAUUUCCUUUGCAAAUACAACUGUGCUCAUUAAACUGAUUUAUUGAGAAUAUAAACAAUAUUUCUUACAAUAAAAAAUGAAGUAUACAAAAAAAAACAACUCUGCAAUUGUACUAUAUUUAGA